AUUAGGCUAUCCAGCCAAACGGGUUACCCGAGAUGAGGUAAAUCAGGCUAACAGGUGCCUGUGACCCAAAUAUCAGUUCCUUCACGCAAUAGCCCCACAGUCUCGCUGUGAGAUUUUUGUGUGGGGCCAGGGACACUUCCCAAGACGCUGUUUGGAGACUUGCAGAGGAGGGGAGAGACAUCCUAAGAUUGUGAAAUGUCCACCACAUCGCAGAAACACCGGGUCUUUGUCGGGGAGCCUAUGGGCGACAAACCUGUCACGGAUUUGUCUGGAAUCGGAGAGGUUUUGGGAAAGAAGCUCGAGGACCAGGGUUACGACAAAGCGUAUACAGUUUUAGGGCAGUUCCUACUGUUGCGAAAAGACGAUGAACUGUUUAUAGAGUGGUUGAAGGAUACCUGCGGAGCCAACUCCAAACAGGCAGGGUCCUGCUGCCAGUGUCUGAAGGAGUGGUGUGAUUCGUUCCUGUGAGGUCCAUCAGCAAGUGGUGCCAACUGUUACACAGGUCAGUCCACUGUCACUUAUCAUUUCAGGAAUUCAUCUAGUGCAGUUUUUGCAAAAGUAUCCAUUCAACAAAUUAAUAUGGCAUCUUUACAGUAUUUGCAUAUAAAUGUUCCAACAAUAUGCAAUAUCCCUGUUAUCAAAUAAUCCAGUUCCAACAAGUUUACUUGACUAAUUAGAUUGAUGAAUUAGGCCUACAUGACUCACAUUUUUCUGCAUUGUUUCUCUGAUGUAGGUGUUUUCGAGACUGUCUCCAUUCCUGACUGCCCUCAAAACAGCUUUACAAGAAUUCCCUGCCAUGAAUUUUGAAUCUAGUAGACUUAUUUUUUAUAUAUUGCUAUAAUAAAGUUUCAGAUGGAAUUGAG